UGGGCCCGGCGCCGGCGGGGAUGCGGGAGGCGGGCGCGGAGCUGGCGGAGCGGGAGCGGCAGGAGCGGCUGCGGGAGGCGGCGGCGCUGGGGGACGCGGAGGAGGUGCGGCGGCUCGUGGAGCUGGGGGUCGGCCUCAACUCCCAGAACGAAGUCAACGGAUGGACAUGUUUGCACUGGGCCUGUAAGCGGAACCACGCGGCCGUGGUGGCUUAUCUGCUGCACGCAGGAGCAGACAAGGACAUCCUGACCAAGAAAGGAGAGAGGCCAGCCCAGUUAACAUCCAAGAGAGAGAUCAGGAAGAUGCUGGGAGUGGAAGACGAUGAACUCCCAGUCCUAAAGCAAGAUUCAGACCUGCCAAUCAUCCCCAAUUACCUGGCUAACCCCCCUUUCCCUUAUGUUUAUAACACCACGAGUAGCAGCAUUCCAGAUCCCACUGUGAAUGGGAAUCUCUCCCCUUCUGAACUGCACGAAGCCGACUCUCUGUCCGUGCCUGACACGGAGCCUCACAGACCUGCGCCGUUCCAGCAUGGGAACGCUGCUCCCGAGGGGGCUCCCAAUGGGGACAUGCCACCCCUGCCCCGAGGGCCUGCUGGGCCACCACGCUCACAUCCUGUCCUCCAGAGAACUCCUGUUUACCAGGGCUCGGUGUCCUGGAGCAGAGGCCCCCCUUCGCCGGCAGGAUCCAACCAGUCCGUACCCCAGCAAGAGAACGGCUCCUGCGUGGGGCCUGUGCCGGCCUUCCAGCCCGUGUUCUUCACAGGAGCUUUUCCACUCAAUAUGCAAGAACUGGUGCUUAAAGUUAGAAUACAAAACCCUAAUCUUAGAGAAAAUGACUUCAUUGAAAUUGAACUGGACAGACAAGAACUGACCUAUAAGGAACUGCUCCGAGUGAGUUGCCGUGAGCUGGGUGUGAACCCUGAGCAUGUACAGAAGAUCAGAAAAUUACCAAAUACAAUGUUAAGAAAGGACAAAGAUGUUGCAAGGCUGCAGGAUUUCCAAGAACUGGAGCUUGUUCUAACAGUAAGCGACAAAACCUUACUUUUCAGAGUCCCAACACUUUCUGAACGGAGUGGUUAUAACAAGAAGGCAUCAGAACUUACAUACUAAUUGUUCAAGGAAUAAAAGUAUUUGUAUCUCUCAUUUUAAAAUUACUAAGGGCUAAUGAUGUGAAAAAAAAUCUAUUUUGUUAACCUUGAAAUAAACUAAAGUGGUUAUGCACAGUUACAGCUUCUAGUUAAUCUAAGAGUAGUGAGUCUGAUAUGAAAGUAGCUCAACGCAAAGGAAGUAUUGUCAGAACUAUCUGUUAAUGCAACACUUUUCCUUUCAAAAAGAUAAUCUUCAAACACUGCAGAGUUAGCAGCUCUCAGGGAAAGGCUUACCUUAAGCUGUUCUAAUAAUUUGUUUGCUAUAAAAUAGCAGAGGUACUCAAGCUAAAGAACCUGCCACGAAGCCCAUUUAGUAUUUGUACUGAGUCCAUUACCAUUAAUGUUCCCUUUUUAGAUUGUGUACAUUAAGUCAUAUCUUACUUAGAAGGAAAAAACUACAAGGGUUUAAAUGUGUGGAAGAAGCACAAAACUAUGUCUCGUUUAAAUACUAUCAAGUGACUUAUUACCUGUGAUUUCUUAAUCCCUGUUUACACUCUUCCCUAUUUCUCAGGUUAAAAAUAAAAGUGAUAGUAAUUAUCCAAAUAAUAAAUAUGCUCUCAACCAAAAUCCCUUUUAUUGUUGUCUGUCAAUAUAUAGCAUUGAUACGUGCAAUUUAAAAUCCUAUUAUUCCUACUGUAUUGACAUUUCUCCAAUGCUGCUUUAAUUUCCUCUUUUAAAAGCACAAAAUUGUAAUUUUGUUUUCCUUUUGCCUCUGCAUUCCUGAAAAAGAUUGCAUCUUGAACCUAUAAAGCUGCCUGUGUAAAAAGAAACUAGUGAAGUGCCCAGUGAUUUCUGGGCUGGUAUUAAAUCUUCCUGUGUUCCUAUGCAAUGUAUUUUAUUUUUUUCCCUAUGACUUGUGUUUACCCAUGUUGUUUACUGAAAAAAAAAAACAACCACAGUUACUUAAAAUUCAGAAUUCGACUAAUUUGCUGUGAAAUUCUGGAAUAAAGAAAUUGAAAAGUAUUUAAGAGCUGCAUUUUAUCUGACUUUUUUUUUUAGGAUUUUAGUAUUUCUCAGUCCACUUGCAUUUGAGAAAGAGUUAGCUUAAGUGGUAGCUUAAGUGAAAAGUGGGUGCUGUGGAUUGGAUAAGCAAAUUAAAGUAUGAGAUGUAACAGGUGAACAGAACGCACCAAACUGGACUGAAUUUUCCCGUUUCUUCGUCUUCCCCUCCCCUCCUCCCAGUUUCUUUGGAAACUGCAGCAACCAAAGGAGUUUAUCUUUGUCUUGUCUAAGAGUUCAGAGCCCGAGCUGGCAGUACAAUGUCUGUAAUGUGCCUGACAGCAGAGGUGUGCUGAGCUGGGAGCCUCAAUGCCCAGGCCAGCACUGCAUCCCGAGCUCCGACUGCUCCAGGUGACUCCCCGUUACUGGGGCCAGGCACCAACCUCAGCCUCAGCCCCCUUCUCAGAGCAAGGGAGAGCAGCCACCUGUACCACAAAACCACAGGAACUGCACCCAAACCAGCCGUGCUCGCUGCUCUCCCCCAGCAGGAGCAGCUCCUGCAGCAGGCACUGAGCACACCAGAGGGAGCCCGCUCCCAGCCUGCAUCCCACAAUCUGCGGGAUGGCCAAUGCUCACCUGCAACACAGAUGGGUGCAAACACCCAGAUCUCCUCUGUGCCAGUUCACUAGGCUAGAGUUGUGUCUCCUGAGGUGAACACAGAACGUUUCGUCACAUCAAAGCAGCCUCUUCUGCAAAGUGCUGGAGGUCAAACAGUCCGAGGCGUUGGCAAUGUAUGUUUUUUAUAUCAGAUUCCUGGCGGAAUAUUAACUUCUGUAGAAUGGAAUAACAAAAUCCUCGCUCGCUGCAUCACCCUGGCAGUUGCUUUCUCCCCGGCACACAGCACAGGAUGGGUCAGGCAUGGCCUGGACACCAGCUGAAUCCAGGAGGGUACCAGGGUUAACCAGCCAGACCCACUAGAGGACAGCUCAGCUGUUGGGUCAAUGAUCUCGCACAGAUGCUGAUCCCUAUCUAUGCAUUCCCAGGAAUAUUUUUAUGUCUUAUGCAGUUUAUACACCGAAGACACUAUUAGCACUCCUAACAAUCCCAUCAGUGUAUAACCACUACAUUCUGUGUGUGAUAAAUAAUUCAUUGCUUUGUCCUCUGCUGUAUGAAAUGUUAAUGUCUAAUAAAUGCUUGGCUGCAGAUUCAUGUUUCUAUUUAAGAAGUAUAAUUUGUAAGAAUUAAUAAAUGAUUAUUUUUGUCUUCCCAAA